CUCUCCCCCGUGGGUUUCAUGGAUGUUAGAAGCAGCAUGAAAGUUGUACUGCUGCCAUGGUUGGCUCAUGGUCACAUUUCUCCAUUCCUAGAGCUGGCUAAGAAGCUUUCAAGGAGGAACUUCUACAUAUAUUUUUGUUCUACUCCUGUUAAUCUCAGUUCCAUCAAAGGUAAACUCACUGAGGAAGACUCUCUUUCAAUAGAACUAGUAGAAAUCCAUCUUCCAUCUCUGCCUGACCUUCCUCCACACUACCACACAACCAAUGGGCUCCCUCCCCAUCUCAUGCCCACCCUCAAAAAGGCCUUUGAUAUGGCAAGCCCUGGCUUUGCCAACAUCCUAACAACUCUGAACCCGGAUUUGAUUAUAUAUGAUAUCCUCCAGCCAUGGGCACCAGUUGCAGCUUCUUCCCAAAAUAUUCCUGCUGUUCUGUUCUUAAGCACCGGAGCCACCCUUUUGUCUGUUCUCCUUCAGGAGCAACCGAUUACAGGGAUCCCUCUUCAGGAUUCCGAGAGGAUUAAAAUGCUCAACCAUUUGGCUGACUCUUCUGCAAAUGAGAUCACCGAUGAGGCACGGGCUGCCCAAUGCUUGAAACUGUCCUCCAACAUCAUCUUGAUGAGGACUUUCAGGGAUCUUGAGGGGAAGCAUAUAGAUCAGGCCUCUUGUCUAACUCAGAAGAAGGUGGUGCCUGUUGGCCCACUUGUUCAACACACCACCGACGAAUUUGAGAAAGAGGAAAUCAUUGAGUGGCUUGACAAGAAGGAAGAUUCCUCAACAGUACUGGUCUCCUUUGGCAGUGAAUAUUUUCUGUCUAAAGAGGAGAUGGAAGAGAUGGCUCAUGCGCUGGAGCUGAGUACGGUUAGCUUCAUCUGGGUGCUGAGGUUUCCUCAGAGAGACAAAAUUACUAGUGUGGAAGAGGCACUGCCAGAGGGGUUUCUUAGCAGAGUGGGCGAGAGAGGAAAGGUUGUGAAAGAUUGGGCUCCACAGAGAGAAAUACUAAAUCAUUCUAGCACUGGUGGGUUUGUGAGCCAUUGUGGAUGGAGUUCUGUAAUGGAGAGCCUGAAGUUUGGAGUUCCAAUUGUGGCCAUUCCAAUGCAUCUUGAUCAGCCAUUAAAUGCUAAAGUGGUGGAGAGUGUUGGCGUGGGUGUGGAGGUCAAGAGAGAUGAGAAUGGGAGGCUUGACAGAGAAGAGAUAGCAAAGGUGAUCAACCAGGUGGUUGUUGAAAAAUCUGGGGAAAAUGUAAGCAGAAAGGUAAGAGAAAUGAGUGAAAGCAUGAGAAAGAAAGCAGAAGAAGAGAUAGCUGAGGUGGUGGAGGAGCUGGUGCAACUGUGUAAAGGAGAUGGGGCGGCCAGUUCAAAGUCUCCAACUCCCUAA